ACAUAAAGGUAAAUUGUUUCCAAAUAGGGAAAAAUGUCAUUCUUUUUGGCACGGACUAAAAAGGAAAUAGGUUCACAUAAAUUAAAAUGGAGGGAGUAGUUAUCAUUCUUAAUAACAUUGUAGGAGGAACAAGUUUGCGUGAUACUUUAUGGUGACAAUAUUAGAAGAUGUGAUAACUUGUUCGAACUUUUUGAGACAUAUCUGAUUUCAACUGCCAAGGUUAAAAAUCCACAACCAUAUUCACUACAUAUAGGCCAAUUUGAGUGAAUCGUUGACAGAUUUACUAUUGUGGAGUUUAUCCCAAAAAAUAAUGAAAAGGAGGCACCGUUACCUCCUCCAUCAAGACUGAGUACGAUUUCAUUCGCCGAUGUUGCACAACAGCCUUCCGGUGUUGAAUUUGAUCUAUUAGCUGUGGUAGCAAACUGUGGGGCAAUGCAAUAAACCACUGAUCAGAGAAGAAACCUCUCUUCUUCACUAUAUGGGUAGACUUGGCAAGCAAUGAAGGAGCUGAGUUACUGAAACAAGUGAGGCAACUACAAGAAUAUCCUAUUAUUCUCGCGAAGCGGAUAGGUACCACAAAAUAUCAUGGUGGCGGAAAGAUUUUACGUCGAAGGAGAAAUUUCGCUACCUGAGCAUUUCCAACAAUUUUACCUGCUAGGUUGUUCUGAAUGUAACCAUCUUGUUUGGAGAAAAAUAAAAAGGGAGAUUCAAUGCAUAAACUGCAGGCUGCCACGAAUGUUAAUUCCAAGGUGCCGCUUUGAGGUAGAAAUUACAGACGAAACUGGCACAAUAACAGCAACAAUGUCUGAAGGCUUGGGCGAAAGAAUAUUAUCAAUGACAGCUGAACAGAUAUAUGAUAUCACUGGUGUUAAGAAUGAGUUAUUCCCGAUUGCCCAUAUCAAUCAACUACUUACUGAUAAACUAUUCAGAGUUCAGUUACAAAGGUCAUCAUCUAGAACACCGGACAAAAAUGCAGGUUCUCUGGUUCUUUUGUCAUACACUGAAAAACCAGCCAUGUUUCUACCAGAAGAGUCAACAUCUGUGAGUGGUGCCGACAAAAUUAUGGAAGAAGAGCCAAUACUUAUGACUGAUGCAAAAGCAACUAAGAAACGGAAAAGGGAACCAAGUACCCUACCAAAUUCACAUUCAAGAUUGUCGAAGCAAUGAUGUUCGCUCAGACAGUAUGCGAUAUACAGACGCAUUUUGAUAACAUUUUGGUAGAUCAUACCGAUCUUUUAACAAAGUUUAGAUGUUUGGCCGCCUUAACAAACUGUUCCACAUUUUUUGCGUAAAUAGUUAUCAGUAGUAUGUGCCUAUAUUUUUGAAGGCACUUGGUAUUAUUUUUGGAUAUUGGAGCGGCCUCUAGAUGUUAUACAUACCAGUCUGUUUAUUGAAAUGUAGAAACUAAAUGUAAUAUUGGUGUAUAUCUUGUCUGUUUGACAUUAAUGUUACAAACAUGCUGUUCUAUGUAUCUUUAGUGGAUUGAUUGAGGCUAGAACUGUACAUCGCUGAA